AUGGCGUCUGGAUUUUCACCUACGCCUCGAAAGGAGGGAACAUGGACGAAGCUUGUGAUCUUUGUUGCGCUAUACUUGCUGCUCUUUGAGUCUAUCUUGGAGUGGGUGUUGGUUAUUUACCUUUAUGGUAACCAUCAGGUUGAUUCGAAGAUGACACCAAGUGUUGUACUUGCUCUUGUCGCUUCUUUCCUUUCGGUACCGCUUGUCAGUCUCCAGAGUUUGGUCGCUUGGCAAUAUAACAAUAUCGGUGGAUUUGGAACACAGAAGACUAUCUUGCAUAAUGUAUGCACAUAUGUGCUGCGCUUGGAUCUUAUGCUUUGGCUGGCUACAAGUGUGGCUGGUUUAGUGGUCGCUGCGCAGCAGGUGUACUGCCUCCCAGGAGGGACAGAUGCGUCUUUCUGGAGAGUCGGUACCAGCUGUGCCUUCCACCGAGCUUCUGUGAUCGUCUCAGUGGUCUCUAUGGUCACCGUAUGCACUAUGUACUGCGCAAGAGAGCUUUGUGAUCGACCAUAUGAUGUGUCGCUUCUCGGAAUCUACAAACGCCCGGAGGUGAACAGAGAUGGUAGCAUCAUUUCUGGUAACAGCUGGGACAGCGAAGAAACCCUCAAAAACGAGAUUCUCUACCUAUGUCGCCAACAUGAUGGCAACGGGGGUGACUUCUGGUCUGCGGAUCCAAUUGCGAACAGAGUCAACUGCCAUCCUAGCAUCCGCCACCCUGCCCCCGUCCGGCUGCGGCCUCAGUUGCGACUCAACACCGAUCCUGGGUCCACCUACGGAGAGAUUCUAUCUGGGACGACAGCUUCGCCCGAUGAUACCCUGCACCGUAUCUCGCCUGGGACGCAGAGCCUAGUCAGCGACUACUAUCCAAUUUCGCGUACCUCGACCGUCAUGACCACGCAAACCGCCAAUGAACUACGCGCUCUUCUCCCAGAAGCACCUAUUCCCAAAGUGCCAGCAAUUCCCCCGAACUUCACUGGCCACAGGCGGGCGAAGUCGUCCCUAUCAUCUCUGAGACGUCUCCUCCCAAAGUCUUUCCCAUUGUCACUGCCAUUAUCAGCGGAUCCCCAAAUCCGAGCCCUCGCAGACCCCAACACCGCCUCAGACGUCGAAAAGCAAGUCGUAACACCAAACAGCAUGCCAAAGGCCAUCCCCGAAUCCCCACCGGACCAACCUGCCACAAACGGAACCCCAAUCACCUCAACACCAGCCCUCCUCCAACCCCCCUCCAACGCCCCAACCCCCACCAGCUCUAAGCCCGAAGGCCACACCCGAACAAUGACAAUGAACUCCGCCGACGCCCCAGAAGUAGUCCCAAGCCCCCCACCCACCUCACCACCCAAAAUCCACCGCUCCCAAACAACCUCCACCUCAACCGCCCUCUCAAUCCACCACCCCCACCACCCAAAUUUCAUUCCCGCCCCAGGCCCCCCACCCCGCGCCUACUCGCAGUCCCGCCCGCGCAUCCCCACAGACCAGCGCCGAACAAUGCCCCCACAGCAAAACCUCACGGCGUACCCCUCUCGCAGCGCCUCCUACCACUUCGACCCCUCGCAAGCCCCUCGCCACUCACAAAGCCAGUACCACCUGCGCUCAGGCAACGGGUACGCGCAAUCCUCCCGCCGAGGCCAACGCCGCAAUAUGCCGCCGAUGCCGCGGCACAACGACGUCGAGGUUAUUUACCCCAGCACGCGCCGUUCGCGGAGCAGUACGCAUGGCGUGAAUGGGCCGCUGAGCUGUAUUCUUGAGGCCGGGUCGAAUUUGCCGCCGUCUGGGGAUGAUGUGAGGCGUGUUUCCGAGGGGUUUUCGGAGUUGGCGUCUAAUCCUAUUGAUGAGACGAAGUAUCGGGGGGUUAAUCGGACUAGUUUGAGUUUUUACUAG